AUGGGUUUAUAUGCGUCUAAAUUGUUCAGUAACCUUUUUGGUAACAGGGAAAUGCGUAUCCUUAUGGUUGGUUUAGAUGGUGCUGGUAAGACCACCGUUUUAUAUAAGUUGAAAUUAGGUGAAGUUAUUACCACCAUUCCAACCAUUGGUUUCAAUGUUGAAACUGUUCAAUAUAAGAAUAUCUCAUUUACAGUUUGGGAUGUUGGUGGACAAGACAGAAUCAGAUCCUUAUGGAGACAUUAUUAUAGAAACACUGAAGGUGUUAUUUUUGUUGUUGAUUCCAAUGAUAGAUCUCGUAUUGGUGAAGCUAGAGAAGUUAUGCAAAGAAUGCUAAACGAAGAUGAAUUAAGAAAUGCUUGUUGGUUAGUUUUUGCUAACAAACAAGAUUUGCCAGAAGCCAUGUCUGCUGCCGAAAUCACCGAGAAAUUAGGGUUGCACUCCAUCAGAAACCGUCCUUGGUUCAUCCAAGCCACUUGUGCUACUUCAGGUGAAGGUUUAUAUGAAGGUUUGGAAUGGUUAAGUAAUACUUUGAAGAAACAAGGUUAA